AGACGUCGUCCUAUGGGAGCCGGAGGAGGAGGAGAAGGGGAGUGUGAGAGGUGGAGAAGUGGGGAAGUUGGGAGGGGGGAGAGGGAGAAAUUGAAUGAGAGGGACAGAGAGAAGUUGAGAGGAGCCUAAAAAAAAAGUCUCCAACAAUCAGCAAGUGGAACUAGUCUACAGACCGUGCACGGGGCGCGUUGGCUUUCUUCUCUUCUUCCCGCAUGGCUGCUUAGUUUAAUCAAACUUUCAUAUUGCAAUUUCAAAGUUUUUCGGCGAAGGCAAGGGGUCUAAUGCCUUUAAAGAUGGACCGCCUGGCAAGAAGGAGGUCGUUGAGGACAAUACCGCUAUUUCUUAUUGUCUUACUUCAAGCAACAGCGACACGAACUGCAGCCGACCACAUCGAUGUGCUGCGUGUGCUGGAGCUGUCCGAGGGCAUGGAGGGCGUCGCCUUGGACUCGGGCCUCUGCACCAACAGGAAGGGCGUGGAGGAAGCGGACCUGGCGUACAGGAUCAACAGCAGGAUCCAGCUCAGCGCCCCGACCAAACAGCUCUUCCCCGAAACCCCGUUCCCGGAGGACUUCUCCCUGAUGACCACCCUGAGAGCCACGAAGGACACCCAGUUCUUCCUGCUGUCCGUGUACGACCAGCAGGGGGCGCAGCAGCUGGGCCUGGAGGUGGGACGCUCCCCCGUGUUCCUGUACGAAGACCACCACGGACUUCCCCCGCCAGAGGACUACCCCACGUUCAAGAAAAUCAAUCUGGCCGACGGAAAGUGGCACAGGAUAGCCUACAGCGUUCAGGGCAAGACCGUGACCCUCUACGUGGACUGUGAGAAGGUGGAGACCCUGGAUCUGCUGCGUGGGGACGCCGCCGUCGUCAGCACGGAGGGCGUGACCGUGUUCGGGACACGCCUGAUGGACGAGGAGGUGUUUGAGGGUGAAAUACAGCAGCUGCUCAUAGCGGAAGAUCCUCUAUUGGCGGAAGACUACUGUCUGAAAUACAUCCCAGACUGUGACUCCCCCCUGCCCUAUAACACCCAGAUCAUGGACAAGUCUGAGAUUUCCCAACCUCGGGAACCGCUGCCGACAAGCGACAAGGAAACGGAGAAGGAAGUCUCAAAAAAGGGCAGGAAGGGCAAGAAGGACAGGAAGAACAAGAACAAGAAGAAGCGGGACAAGGGCUCCAAGGGCAAAGGCAAAGGCAAAGGCAAAGGCAAAGGUAAAGGCAAGGGGAAGGGGAAGGGGAAGGGGAAGAGGAGGCAGAAAGACGAGGAGCAAGCCCUCGAGGACGGCUUCCUCAGCGUCUCCCCGGCGACGCUGGCCCAGUAUCUGACCAAGGAGCCCCCCCCCCCAACCACCCGGCCCCCGAGGGCCCCAGAGGCCACCGAAGAACUCGUGCCCUCCGCAGGCUACGCCGAAAGCCUCGAGCAGACCUUCCCCUCGGAGAUGCCCCAAACAAGCGAGCCAGAGGCCGCCGCCGCCGCCGCCACCGCUACAGCCACCGAGGAUCCACGACCUUCUCCGGUGUCCGCCGCACUGCCUGAAUCCAAGGUCGAAGCGGAGGAGGACAGACCACUCAAAAGGCCGGUGGUGGAGGAGUACAGUGAUAGUGACCUGUAUGACGAUCUCUCAGUUUCCACGGUAACCGUGGGUCCCAAUGUUACCGACUAUGAGAUGCUGGAAUACGAGGACUUGAAGAACGCCACAUCCUCCGAGUACGAAGAGUACGAGAUCUACGAGGACGCCUACAGCUUCGCAGAGCGAGACCUGCCCAGGACGUGGGACGGAGAGGCAUCCCUGCGAGCAGAGAAGGGCCAGAAGGGAGAGCGGGCGGUGGCUGAACCGGGGACAUUAAUAGAAGGACCACCGGGCCCUCCCGGGAUAGAGGGUCUCUCCGGUAUGCCAGGACCCCCCGGCCCCCCGGGACCCAUGGGAGACCACGGUGAACUGGGCCCCCCUGGACGCCCAGGUCUUUCCGGGGCUGAUGGGAUACCAGGUCCUCCAGGCACUCUGCUGAUGUUACCAUUCCAGUUCGGUGGGGAUUCUCAGAAGGGCCCUGUCGUCUCUGCCCAGGAAGCCCAAGCGCAUGCCAUCAUUCAGCAAGCCAAGAUUUCGCAGAAGGGACCUCCGGGUUCGAUGGGUCUCGGGGGGCGACCAGGACCUGAGGGUCUUCUAGGUCCUUCCGGCCUGAAGGGAAGUGCUGGAGACGACGGCCACUCUGGCCCCCGUGGAUUACAUGGCCCUGCAGGGCUGAACGGCCGGGCGGGGAAACGGGGGCGGUCAGGAGCAGAUGGGGCUCGCGGAGCGCCGGGAGAAACAGGCACUAAGGGUGACAGAGGCUUUGACGGGUUGCCAGGACUCCCGGGAGACAAGGGACACAGAGGGGACAGGGGCAAACCAGGUCCUCACGGGCCCUUUGGAGAUCCGGGAGAGAAGGGUUCUACUGGGCCGAUCGGACCGAGGGGGCAGCCAGGCGAACCUGGCGCGCGCGGUCUCAACGGACCGAGGGGCUCAGCGGGACCCCCCGGCCAACCUGGUAUCCAUGGCAUUGAUGGAGUUCAGGGGUCGAAGGGCAACAUGGGGCCGUCUGGAGAGAUCGGGGCCCCAGGUCAACAAGGAAACCCAGGGACACAGGGCCUGCCUGGUCCUCAGGGUCCCAUCGGCAUGCCGGGAGAGAAGGGGCCUCAAGGGAAGACAGGCCUGCUGGGACUACCUGGCAUUGACGGACCACCUGGUCACCCAGGGCGAGAGGGGCCCACCGGAGAGAAGGGUCUGCUGGGCUCAGCAGGAGUCCAGGGGCCCGUCGGAUAUCCGGGCACACGCGGAGUCAAGGGAGCUGAGGGAGUGAGGGGUCUUAAGGGAGGCAAAGGGGAGAAGGGCGAGGACGGCUUCCCCGGGUCCAAAGGUGACAUGGGCCUCAAGGGGGACAGGGGUGAUAAUGGAGUGCCAGGAAUCCGUGGAGAAGAUGGAACGGAGGGCCUGAAGGGUCAAUCGGGACUCCUGGGAGAUUCUGGGUCAUCUGGGAUCGCUGGCGAAAAGGGUAAACUUGGUGUACCAGGCCUGCCGGGUUACCCAGGAAGACAGGGUCCUAAGGGAUCUCUCGGAUUCCCGGGCGCUGCCGGGGUCUUCGGGGAGAAAGGACGAAGGGGUCCAGCUGGUCAGGCAGGCGCCGGAGGCCAGAGAGGGCCUAAUGGGGUGAGAGGGGGGAGAGGAGCAGAGGGUCCCACUGGAAAGCCUGGAGAAAAGGGCUCUGCCGGACAAGACGGCCCCUCGGGAGGACCGGGGGAACAGGGCCCCUUAGGGCCGCAAGGAAGGAACGGAGAAGUGGGACACAAAGGACCAAACGGUCCCCCUGGGAAAGACGGUCUACCAGGGCACCCAGGACAGCGAGGAGAAGCAGGUUUCCAAGGCAAGACCGGAGCGCCCGGGCCCGUCGGUGUGGUCGGACCACAGGGUAAAUCCGGCGAGACGGGCCCAACGGGAGACCGAGGGCACCCAGGAUCACCGGGACCACCCGGGGAGCAAGGCCUACCCGGAUCCGCGGGGAAGGAAGGCUCCAAGGUAUGCAGAAGGAGUACUCCUGGGUUAGAACACACAGAGGGCUCUCUUCCCUUUUCUUCCAAGAACUCAGAGUUGUUCUGUUUCUGGUGCUCGGCUCGGCUCAGCAUCUGCUCAGCCGAGGACGGAGCCAAGCACAGAAACACCCUCAUGAAACAUUCAUUCGUUCUCCCCACAGGGCCCCCCCCAGGACUGCAUGGCCCCAGAGGCCCCCAAGGAUCGACCGGAGGAGAGGGAGCGCCCGGGAUAACCGGUGGAGUCGGCCAGCCCGGACUUGUAGGAGAGAAGGGAGAGGAUGGGGAAGGUGGAGAUCCUGGGACCGUUGGAGAGACAGGCCAGGCUGGAGGUAAAGGAGAUUUGGGGGAGAAGGGUGACAGCGGGCCUCCCGGGGCGGCUGGACCUCCAGGAGUCCGAGGAACACCAGGGGAGGACGGAUCUAAGGGCAACCCUGGGCCACUUGGAUUCCCGGGAGAUUCUGGACAACCUGGGGAAGCAGGCCCAAAUGGAGUGGAUGGUGUGCCCGGGGCUAAGGGAGACCAUGGAGAGCCCGGCAAAGCCGGACCCCAAGGAGCAUCUGGAGAGCCCGGCCCUCAGGGGCCACCAGGGCGUCGAGGCCACGUCGGAACCGCAGGAACAGAAGGGAAGCAAGGAACGAAAGGAGCAAAGGGUCCCAUGGGUAAAGAGGGUCCGGCAGGGAGGACCGGGCCCGUGGGCCCUCAAGGACACCCCGGGAAGGAAGGUACACAGGGACUCAGAGGCAUCCCAGGGUCGGCAGGGGAGCAUGGGUUAAAUGGACCUCCGGGGCAGACCGGACCUCCAGGGCCAAUGGGUCCAUCAGGUCUUCCAGGUCUUAAGGGAGAGCAUGGAACGAAGGGCGACAAAGGACACGGUGGCUUGAUAGGCCUGAUCGGACCUCCAGGGGAGUUCGGGGAGAAGGGCGACCGAGGCCUGCCGGGGCUGCAGGGCACCCGAGGUCCCAAGGGAGAUGGGGGUACCACUGGGUUUGCUGGUCCCACCGGUCCCCCAGGUCCAGCUGGACUGUCUGGUUCAGCCGGAGAGAAGGGGUCGAAGGGAGACACGGGCGCUGUCGGCCCUCAAGGGGACACCGGGCCCGCCGGACCCCCGGGGCAAGCUGGACCCCCCGCCACCUAUGUCACACCGCUGCACAUGAGGGAGGGCAGGAGGAAGAGGAAGAGGCAGGCGGGCUCUUCGUGGGACGGCGGCGAGGACUGGCAGGGGAGGGAGGAGAGGGCCCUGCAGGGGGACCAGCCGCUGGAGGACGCGGAGGGCAUGGAGGAGGUCUUCGCCUCGCUCAGCUCCAUGAAGACGGAGGUGGAGCUGAUGAGGAGGCCCCUGGGGACCUUUGAGAGCCCCGCACGCACGUGCAAGGAGCUGAUGAUGGUCCAGCCCGGCUACAAAGACGGUGAAUACUGGAUGGACCCCAACCAGGGCUGCCACCGAGACUCCCUCAAGGUCUACUGUAACUUCACGGCGGACGGGGAGACCUGCCUCAACCCCGACAAGAAGAUUGCGAUGGUGAAACUUGCGGCGUGGAACAAAGAAAAGCCAGGAACUUGGUUCAGCAGUUACAGGAAAGGAAAGCAGUUCUCGUACAGCGACAGCGACGGCACGCCCGUGCACGUGGUGCAGCUGACCUUCCUGAAGCUGCUGAGCGCCACGGCCAAGCAGAGCUUCACCUACACCUGCCAGAACUCGGCGGGCUGGUUCGACGGCGACGCCCGCUCCCACCAGCGCGCCCUGCGCUUCCGGGGCGGCAACGGCGAGGAGCUGACCCCGGCCAGGAGCCCUUUCAUCCAGCCGCUGCACGACGGAUGCCAGUCCCGGAAAGGUCAGGAGCGGACGGUGUUAGAGAUCAGCGCUCCGUCGGCGGAGCUGCUGCCCAUCAUAGACGUGUCGCCUGUGGACUUUGGCGGAAGCAACCAGAAGUUUGGCUUCGAAGUGGGGCGCGUGUGCUUCAGCGGCUGAGGGGCUGACCACGAGCUCAGGAGAAAAGCCACCGGCGCAACCACGGCGCACGCGGUCCGCAGAGGAGAAACUGGACUUCACCACUAGCCCAUGCAAUAUUUAUUAAAUAUGUUAUAUGUGGGGUUUGUGGUUUUGUUGUUUUUCUGUACUUCUAAUAUGGAAUUCCUGAUUCUAUUGACUAUAGGAACACAAGCAGAUAGAGGAGGAGACAAGGCAGGAGGAAAAGCAGGUUUACCAAAGGGAAAUGUUCCACUUAGUUUUAUUAAUUCCUUUCUUUUUGUUACUUUCUUCAAAUGAUCGAUUCUUUUGUCGUUGCAUUAUGUUCCGUCAUUUACUAAAGAAAGUAAGACUGAACCACUUGGCAAUGAUCAAUUGAAAAAUCACAGAUCACCCUCCUAUUUAUGGAAAGCAUUUCUGUCCUAUCCUGUGGUAUGGGUCAGUUGUAAUGUGGGAUAAACUAAACAAGAGAUGCUGUUAUACUGAGAGCACUUGAUCUCUACCAUAUUCACUUCCACAGAAACAGCUCAUUUAACACCACUGGGUGCAGAGGUGAUGCACAUUUUUGUGUACCCUUCAAUGGCAGUUUGCUUAGUGAAUGAUUUUGAUUAGUAUCCAAUCGGUGCUUCCGGUUAUAAGGCCCUCACUCUUACUUGACCGGGUGAAGGUUGUUUCUAUUACUGGAAAAAUUUUCCAUGUGUGAUGAUGAACGUCCGCAGAGCUCAAGGCUAAUACCUCGUCAGGGGCAUAUUUCCCGAUAUGUCUGCGCUCAGCAUGCAAGUUAAGGAUAAUCAAGGCACAUGAAAAGCAAGACAGCUCUGCAGGCAGAUUAGGCAAAACUGUUUCCCACUCGAUACAACUGCAGUACCUGACAGCAAUUUGUUUGAUCCCUUCCAUUUUGUAACUGCUGAGGCUGUGUUUCUUCCCGGGCCACUAAUGUUGAUUGUCUUCAUAACCUACCCUUUUUUUUUUAUCAUAUUUUGUUUUGUUUAUAUGUUGAAAUGAAAAUGUAUCAUGUACUCGAAAAAUGGUGCUCGCUUCGGACUUGUGACGCUAUUCCCUGGUGCUAACCAUGUAUGAUUUCAGAUGGUACGUUCUAUAUGUAUGCGGGCCGGAUCAAAGGACUGAAGCUACGGGCCUAUAAAGUGUUUUAACCAGCGGUUUUCCGGGCUAGUCAACCUCAGUCUAAGAGCUCAAGUCUACAAAUAAAGCCAGUGGACAACAAAAUAGCUAGUGAAUCCAAGACGUUCUCAGGUCUGUCUCUCGGAGAUCAUGGUGGGCUGUCACUCCAGAUCAGAUGGGUACCCUGCGUUCUCCACCGCUGUUGAAAAUUCAUGUCCAAUACCGACCCCCUUCCCCUGCAUUCUAAUGGCGCGGGCCCACCUGUGCAUAGUCUGUUCUGAAGUUGAUAUAUUGUUGUACAGUUAUUCUAAGGAUGCGAGUUUUACAAAUGAUCUGCUGCACGAGUGAACCGUCACGGUCACUUGUAAGAAUAAAAAUGUGGAUUUUAUGAAUAAUAUAAUGAUUGAAAUAAAACAGAAAAAAAAACUUUUUUAAUA